CCACACUCUUAUCGUUUCUCCGAAGUUAUCAAAAAAGGAAAAAAAUCAAAAUCAAAAUAUCAAAUAAAUAAAAAUCUCGCAAAAUAUUCUCCAAAAGAUUUAAAAGAUCGCAAAACACACAAACUUAAUCUCUCUCGCUGUCUAAACAAAAACCCUAAAUAUCAGAGCAGUAUAGCGGCGGCGGUUGCAUCUGGAAUUUCCCCGACAACAGCGAUGGUUGAUCAAGUCAUCCCUAAUCAACCAGCGGUUACAGUUGCUUCUCCUCCUCACGCGACUCAGGUAGCUGCCGUUGCGGCUGCGGCGGCCGAGGCGUUUGUAACGCACCCUAACUCGUCUCUCUAUGUGGGAGAUUUGGACCAAACUGUCAACGAAGCACAUCUGUUGGAUCUCUUCAACCAAGUGGCUCCUGUCCAAACAGUUAGGGUUUGUCGCGACUUGACUCGUCGUUCACUUGGAUACGCUUACGUCAACUUCGCGAAUCCCGAUGAUGCCAUGCGAGCAAUGGACAUCCUCAACUACACUCCGAUCAAAGACAGACCCAUAAGGAUCAUGCGUUCGAACCGUGACCCGAGCACUAGACUCAGCGGCAAAGGCAAUGUUUUCAUCAAAAACCUGGACUUAACAAUCGACAACAAAGCACUGUACGACACCUUCUCGAGUUUCGGGACCAUACUCUCAUGCAAGGUAGCCAUGGACAGUACGGGAAAGUCAAGAGGUCACGGCUUCGUUCAGUACGAGAAGGAAGAAACCGCUCAAGCCGCUAUCGACAAGCUUAACGGGAUGCUUCUCAACGACAAGCAAGUCUAUGUGGGACCCUUUGUCCGUCGUCAGGACAGGACUCGUGAGAGCGGUGCGGUCCCGCGUUUCACCAAUGUCUACGUGAAGAAUCUGCCUAAGGAGAUUACUGAUGAUGAGCUUAAGAAGACGUUUGGGAAGUACGGAGAGAUCUCUAGUGCGGUUGUGGUGAAAGACGAGAGUGGGAACUCGAGGUGUUUCGGGUUUGUGAACUUCGAGAGCCCUGAGGCGGCGGCGGUUGCGGUUGAGAAGAUGAAUGGGAUUAGUCUUGGGGAGGAUGUGUUGUACGUUGGGAGGGCGCAGAAGAAGGCUGAGAGGGGUGAGGAGCUGAGGAGGAAGUAUGAGCAAGAGAGGUUGGAGAAGUCGUACGGAACCAAUUUGUAUGUGAAGAAUUUUGAUGAUGGUGUGAAUGAUGAGAAGCUUAAGGAGAUGUUUGCUGAGUAUGGUGAUGUGACCUCAAGCAAGGUUAUGACGAACCCAGAAGGUUUGAGCAGAGGGUUUGGUUUUGUUGCGUACUCUAGUCCUGAAGAAGCUUUAAAAGCUAUGAAUGAAAUGAAUGGGAAGAUGAUAGGAAGGAAACCUCUUUACGUUUCUUUUGCUCAACGCAAGGAAGAGAGGAAGACUCGUCUUCAGACUAUGUUUUCUAUGAGACCAAAUGCACCAAUGGCUGGGUACCCAACAGGAGGGCCAGCUGCAGGGCCACACCAUCAAAUGUACAUGGGCCAGAACGGUCAAGGUAUGGUGCCGUCACAGCCUAUGGGGUAUGGGUACCAACUUCAGUUCAUGCCUGGUGUGCGUCCGGGUGCUGGCCCGGCCAACUUCAUGAUGCCUUACCCUCUUCAGAGGCCAAAUCAACCUGGUCCUCGUUUUGGGUUCAGGCGUGGUGCUCCUAACAUGCAGCAGCACUUCCAGCAACAACCACAAAUGAUGCAGCACAAUGCAAACUCUGGAAUGAGAUACAUGGGAGGUCCGGGUAACAGGAUGAACGGAGUGGAAGCAGCUGCCCCACAAGGCAUCAUGGAUGCAUCUGCAAUCUCUCACAAUGCUUCUCAAAACCCACUGAGGCCACCUCUCCUCCCCAUUUCUAAGCUCACUUCUGCCUUGGCAUUGGCUAGCCCUGCCAAUCACUCACAGAUUCUUGGGGAGCAGCUAUACCCACUUGUGGAAAAGCAGGAGCCAGUCCAUGUAGCCAAGGUUACAGGAAUGUUGCUAGAGAUGGACCAAGCGGAGAUCUUGCACCUUCUUGAGUCACCUGAAGCUCUUAAGGCCAAAGUGUCUAUGGCUUUGGAUGUCCUCAGACUCUCUGCUAAUCCGUCAGCUGUGUCAUCCGUUGAUGACCAGUUUGCUCCCUCCUCAACGGAGUGAAAUGAGUAUUUACCCAUAAAAAAGACUAAUGUUUCUUCUGGCUUUAUUAGACAAAAUGCUCUUUGAAAACUUUUAGGACGUCUUGAAUCUUCCCGUUUGCAACUUUAGUUUACAUUUGGUUUUCUUUUCUUUUAAGACUAGUUUUUGUUUUGAGUCUAUCUAAUGAUAUAACUCUUUGGACCUCCUCUAAUUUCUUUUGCAAUC